AUGAUGGCGACAACACUCAGUCUGAAAACGUUCGAGACGGGAAGCGUACCCUUUCCCACAUUGGAAGAGGCCUUUGGACCAUCGUCUUUGGGGAUUCUCAUAGUAUCCGACCUGCCCCCUCAGUUCGCUGAAUUGCGCCGCAAGCUCCUAUCACAUGCCUCGUAUCUAGCGCAACUGCCAUCGGAACAACUCGAUGCUCUCACCAAUGUGCCAGCGCACUACGAAAUCGGCUGGAGCCACGGCGUGGAAAAGCUGAAGGACGGGCAGUACGACACGAUGAAGGGCUCUUUCUACGUCGAUUGCCAAUCCUUCUAUCUCGACAAGCCAACGCUGGAUCUACCAAGACACCCGUCACUGACUCGAGGCUCCGGGCAGAAUCUAUGGCCCUCGGAAGCCGCCAUCCCGGGCUUUCGAGCGGAGUUUGAGGAGCUGUGUACGCUGCUCAUCGAUAUUGGCGCCCUCGUGGCGAGGGCGAUUGAUCUAUAUGCCGUUAGAAAGAUCCCGGAUUAUGGGGCAGGGUUUUUGGAGAGAGUUGUUCGAACUAGUCAUACGCCGAAGGCUCGACUGCUGCACUACUUUCCACCCGCGAGUGGUACAACGUCAGAAGAGGAUGAAGACGAAGAUUCCUGGUGUGCGACUCACCUGGACGAUGGCUGCUUGACUGCGUUGAUAUCGGCUUUGUUCGUCGAUGAAUCCGAUGCUCUGCCUCCCUUGGUGGAUCGUGCGUCUCCACCAACUCUGAACAUCUUGCCAAAGUCCCCCGAUCCCGCGGUAGGCUUGUAUAUUGGCUCCCGAGAAGGCACUGUUGUUAAAGUGAACACACCUGAGGAUUCAAUCGCUUUCCAGACGGGCGAGGCGCUGGAGAAAAUCACCGGUGGCCGAUUUCGAGCGGUUCCUCAUUUUGUGCGAGGGCCGAACCCGAGAGGUGCUAAGGUGGCUAGGAACACGUUGGCGUUAUUCAUGCAGCCCGAUCUAGAUGAGGUGAUUGACAAAGCUGCAGGAUUGACGUAUGGCGAGUUCGUCGAUGCCAUUGUCGAGAAGCAUGCGUGA